GUUGAGUUCAUAGAAAGCGGUAAACUGUAUCGCAUAGCCGCCAGGACAUAUCUCUUCACUCAUUAAUUAGCUAGUUUGACUUGAAGCAAAUAAGAAGCUGUGUAGAUCAAAAAAGAACGAGGAGUUGAUGUCGGUCGCCAUUUUUGUCCUAGCACGAUGUCAAGAUAAGCCCAAGAAGCUGUUACGUCAGCGCGCGCUGCCCGGAUGCCUUAUUUGUUUUGGGUCAAACAAAAACAACGCCCGCAGCAACGUGACUGCCGCCACAACGGACGACUCGCCCAACGAUACUCUCAAUCUACCACAACAGGACUAGAAUUACUAGAUUUGCUAGUUGACAAAUUCUCAACCCAACUGCUUUUGAUUUUCGCGCCAGAUACGUGGGGAAUAUGGCACCUCGUAGAUCAGCCCGCCUGAGAAGCAGCCAAACCCCCGUCACCGAGGACCAGUUCCCUGCGCCCCCAAGCACGACUCCCUCAAACCUCGAAGUUGUUGUCGAAAAUGACGAGAGCAAGCCCUCGCCUUCGCCUUCGCGCUCCAAAAAUAAUGCGAUUACCACCACGCCUCAAAGUCAACCCCACAGCAAGAACUUGACUCCGUCUUCCAAAAUGAAGUCAGCAAUGAAGACUCCCUCAACUGCUAGUAGCAUGCGUCCUACAUUGAAUGAAAUGCACCCCAGCAAGGCACAGCAGAGCACGACCAAGCAGCCAGACUCGGGCCUUGUGCUUGGGUUUAACCCCGUGAAACGAGACUCGAAUGGCAAGAUUAUUAAGGAGACCGUUGUUAGCAACACCCCAUCUAAAGUCAAAUCAUCGCCACCCUGCAAGCUGACUACGCCCUCCAAAUUUGACUUUCGAUUUUCAACAGACGAUUCUCAGUUAAGCGACGAAGCAAGGAAACUCAUGGAGAGUGUUCGUGAGGAUGUCGCAAGAAUUAAAGCACAGAUGGUUCUCGAUCACGGCGAGCAAAAUCGUAAACAGCAGGAAGCUGAUGGAAUCGUGAAUGGCAGAAAGAUCGCUCAACCUAAGAGCAAGGCAGGACGUUUCAGCGAUGCUCACAUGGCCGAAUUCAAGAAGAUGGACUCUAUCGCCGGACAUGCAUCUUCCUUUAGAACCCAGCAUGGUCGCUUCACACCGGUCAAGUCCUUGAAGCGUAAGAGUUCAAAGGCUUGCUUGGAUGAGCCAGAGCAACGGCCUUCGCCCUCAAAGCCCCCUCUAGAAGGCACCAAACGCGUGAAGCGGGCUGAAGGUCAAGACGCUUCUACAAGCCGGCCACAUCGGGAAGUGUCUACUCCGAAGAAAACGAUUUUCACUCAGUCGUCCAGACCACCCAUUCGCAGUAGUUCACUGAUGACUCCAACUAAGGCCUCCGCUUCCCGUUUCUCUUCUGCAAGAGCCUCUAAAACUUCAAUGAUCCCUUCUCUGAAUCGCUCACCUGCGUCACGUCUUGCUGCACCCCGCACUCCGAAAACAGACUUCAACCCUAGAUUGAAGAAGUCUCUUCCGAGCUUGGGAAAUUUGAAGUCGAUUUUGAAACGCCACCAGCCACUUUUCUCAAACGACCCAACAAAGGUUGCCGCGGGCACACACUUGGCAACUCCAAGAUUCAACCCGGAUAUUAACCUCACAAGUCUCCCGACUACCUCAUUUGGUGCUGGUAGCCAGACUCCUUCUCCUAAGAAAAGAGUUGAGUUCACAUCAAGCACCCAGUCUCGUUACGACAUCGCGCAGGCUUCGCCAUCGCCAUCUAAGAUCCCUGGGCCACGAGACGAUCCUGCAUCAUCUGAUAUCGUUUACCCAACACUGCCAUCUUUGACUCCAGAAAAUGCAAAGGUUGAUACCCCCACUAUUCGUCGCGUUAGAGACUCUAUCAGCGCUUCCCAGCCUGCUACUUCGCUUGCUAAAAUGCCCACAAUUUCUCACGGGAUUCCGAAUAAGAAACGUCAGCAUGAGAGUGAAAAGGUUGAAUCUAAGACCUCGGAGACUGCCCCUAGCUUUGCCGCUACUCUUAUGGAUACCCCUGGUCCUUACCCAAAACUGUUAGCGGUACCUCAUGGUAUUUCAAACAAGAAGCGUCAGCGCGAGGACGAUGGCGACUUGGAAACCAACUCGAAAGAAGUUCCCAAACCCAGUCUUUCCGCAUCUAACAAUAGCCCAUCCGUUCCCCUCCUUGCAGUGCCUCAUGGUAUUAACCACAAGAAACGUCAGCGUGUCGAUUUUGGUGAUGAUGGCGAUACGGAAAAUGUCCCACCGGCAGUAACUCCAACGGACGAGCAGCGGAGCGCCAAGCGGUUGAAACCCAGUCCCGUGAAAAUGGACCCCGUCAGCCCUAGCCCUCUCAAGUCGCGUGGAAUUACGCCUAAGCGUAUGACUGGUAGCCGCACGAGUACUCCUGGUACGGCCUCGAAGAAAGGCAUUCUCAGCUUGAGCCGCUUGAAUAUGCUCGCCAAGCCUAAAGCGCGCAGUUGA